AUGGCUACAGGAGAAAUCACUACCCUACCCGCCACUCCUGACGAUGGGGGCAGCAGUGGAUUCCCUUCAGCUAACUUUAGAGAACCCAAGAGACUGUACUGUAAAAAUGGUGGCUACUUCUUACGCAUCAACUCUGACGGAAGAGUGGACGGAAUCCGGGAGAAGAAUGACCCUCACGUAAGGCUGCAGUUCCAGGCCACAUCGGUAGGGGAAGUGGUGAUUAAGGGAUUGUCAGCCAAUCGAUAUCUGGCCAUGAAUGCAGAUGGCAGACUGUUCGGAGCGAGACGAGCGACAGAUGAGUGCUAUUUCCUGGAACGUCUGGAGUCGAAUAACUACAAUACCUAUCGGUCAAGGAAAUACCCAAACUGGUACGUGGCCUUGAAAAGGACGGGUCAGUAUAAGACAGGCCCUAAGACUGGACCAGGUCAGAAGGCAAUCCUCUUCCUCCCAAUGUCUGCCAGAUCUCCUUGA